UCGCGAUAUUGCAAAGGGAGCCUGAUUUGGGCUCCACCGUGAUGGCGUAUCCAGCCAUCGUCUGCUCAUGUCACGGCCUGGCGACGACGGUCGCUCGAAUGGCCGGUUUGCUCGAGCCGCUGUCCCUUCGGAUCUUCUGUGAACUCAUCAUGCUCCAGUCCCGUGCCUCCCAAGUUCGAUAUCGAGCUCAUCUUGUGGACCUGCACUUUGCUGCACAUCAUCAAGCCUAUCUUCACGCGACAUCCCGCUCGCGAUAGCACCAUGGGCUCAGUCCUCGAACGCAGUCGUGGUGGUUGCACCGGUCAAGCCACCGAGCUAUUAGGCGCCGAGUCCCACUCUGGUGAAUUUUGUGUCCAGAUGACCGCUGUCUGCGCAUGCGAUUGGGUGCAGUGUCCAGCUGGGCAAGCAGAUGGGUGAAAAGGCCGC